GACAAUCAACAGCAACUAACAGGACAUACGUAUCGCGCUCGGUCUUUCGUUCCCGGUAGAACACUACAAACAACUUCACAUAUUCCAUUUUUCUCACAACUCAUUCAAAAUGGCCAGCGGAGAUGCCACCCUCUUUGAGGAGUCCUUUACCGUAAUGGAGUACGAUCAGUCCAAGUAUGACCGUGUCGCACGCAUUCAUUGCACAUCGGCCGACUCGCAGACCAUCAUGUCACUCGAUAUCAACAUCGAACUAUUCCCUUGUGUCCGUGGUGACUCUCUGCACGUCGUUUUGACAACAACGCUGGCUCUGGAUGGAAGCAAGGAGGAGGAGAAGGGCUGGCGGGACGUUGGUAAGGGCGGUGAUGCGCCAGCCACGAUUGCCGACCUCUACGACUAUGUGUGCCAUGGCAAAAUCUACAAGUUCGAAGAGACAUUCGAUGGAAACACCAUCAAUGCUUACGUCUCUUUCGGUGGUCUCCUCAUGUCGCUCCAGGGCCCUGUCAAGAAGUUGACUCCGCUCCGCGUCGAUAACGUCUACCUUCUUGUCAAGAAAUAAUCCGAAGCGCAAAUGAUACAUUUAUCUAGACUAUAGCUCUUCACCGCCACCGCAGGCUUUUGCUUCCUCGCUAGCUUUAGGUCAUAUCAAUGAUACCCGAACCAAAACCGCCUCCUUGCUCCCAACAAGUUUCAAAGUGCUUCAGUUUUACCAACUUCAGACUCAGAGUGGGCACCAAUCGCUCCGAUGCGGACCUGGAAAUGAAAUGUUGCGGCGGACUCUCUGUUUGAUCUGUUCGAUCUCGGGCUCGUUUUCGUCAGUCAUAAUACCGUGGCGAAUGAAGAAAUCAAUCGUGACGAGGGCGCAGUUGGGUUUAAAGCGUCCCGCAGCAAGAUCCGCCUUGACUUGAUCGACGUCACACAGGUCGAAUCUUUCAGCUUCGCCGUCGCUUGGUUGAGGAAUCACAUCAUUGGAGAGCUCAAGAUGGUAGACCCAUUGGCAUUCCGGGUAAAUAAAGUCACCCUCGCC